AUGGCUGAUUUUGAGUCAGAAGCUGAGAGACAACUACCAUUCCUAGAUGUAAGAGUACAGAAAGAUCCCGAUAACAAACUACACACCAGUGUCUACCGUAAACCCACCCACACGGACCAGUAUCUGCACAAUUCCUCUAACCACCCACCACAAAUCAAGAGAGGAAUCAUCGCCACCUUAGCCCGAUGUGCUGUCAACAUCUGUUCCACGCCACAACAGCUAAAAACUGAACUCAACCACCUCCAGCAUGUAUUCACUAACUUCAACGAUUACCCUACCAGCCUAGUUGAACAAACAAUCAACAGCAUCCUCAGCCCUAGAGAGCGGCCUCCACCACAACAGACAGCCCCGUUUGUGACUGUGGCGACUCGUAUGUAG